AUGGAACUGGAACCUUGUCAUAUAGAGUUUUCCUCCAGGAAACUUGAAAUAGCCAACGGAACUCACGUCCUACAAGGCGAAGGCGACGAUUUUGUUGAUGCGUUUCUGAUUCAAAUGAAGAAAGAUAAGGAAAGUGGAGUACCAACAAGCUUUGAUGAUGAAAUGCUGGUCAUGUCACUGCUCGACCUGUGGAUAGCUGGGCAAGAAACUACAAUUACAACAUUGGAAUGGGCUUUUUCCUUCCUGCUUCUUCAUCCGCAUGUGAAAGGGCAAGUGGAGGCAGAACUACUUUCCCUCACAAAAGGUCGACGCUUGCUCUCAAUUGCGGAUAGGCCAAAUACUCCGUACUACAACGCCACACUGACUUUCAAUCCCGAUCGCUACUCGAAUGGUGAUAAACUGGAACAAAAGGUGGUUGCGUUUGGUUUGGGAAAAAGGUCGUGCCUAGGAGAAUCACUUGCUCAGGCGGAAUUGUAUCUGGUAAAAUUUACAAAUAUUACUUUAUAA